AUGGAAAGAGGUAGUACUACUGCCAUGGUUUCAGCAGUUCAUGCUUCGGCUGCUACAUUAAUAUCUAAGGAUCUGUUUGUCAAAGCUCCAAAACUACAAGAUGAUCAUCAUAUUCAUGAUCAUCACGAUCAAGCUCUACUACUCCUUACUAAUGGCGGCGGACGGAUCAAGAUCGUCGAUUCGGCUCAUCUAAAUGGAAAACAAGCUAAUGAUGAUCAUGAUCAUGAUCUUACUAUCACUCAUGUUCCAAACAUUUCCGGAUGGUUCGCCGAGGAUUGUCCAAUAUUAUGGCCAGGCCAAGCACACUUUUUAAAGAUAGAAAAAAUCUUAUAUGAAGGGAAAUCCGAGUACCAAAGUAUGAUGGUAUUUCAGUCAUCAACAUAUGGAAAGGUGUUUGUUCUGGAUGGAGCACUUCAACUGACAGAGAAGGAUGAGUGUGCUUACCAAGAAAUGAUGACCCACCUGCCUCUUUGCUCCAUUCCAAAUCCAAAGAAGGUGUUACUAAUUGGAGGAGGAGAUGGUGGGAUCUUAAGGGAAGUCUCGCGCCACUCUUCUGUUGAACAGAUUGAUAUUUGCGAAAUAGACACAAUGCUGAUUGAUGUUUAUAAAGAAUUUUUCCCAGAUGUCGCUGUUGGAUAUGAGGACCCUCGAGUAGCACUUCAUGUCAAAGAUGGGACUCUAUUUUUGAAGUCUGUUUCAGAAGGAACCUAUGACGCAAUAAUAGUGGAUGCAUUCGACCCAAUAAGGUGUGAUCAUGAGCUUCACGAGACUCCCUUCCUUGAUUUGGUGGCAAAGGCUCUACGACCUGGAGGGGUGCUGUGUAUCCAAGCAGAAAGCUUAUGGUUUAAGUCACUAGACAUUGACCAACUCUUGUCCAAAUAUCGCCAAAUAUUCAAAGGUUCUGCAGCCUAUGCAUGGACAAUUGUUCCCACUUAUCCAAGUGGGGUGAUUGGUUUCUUGCUUUGCUCCAAGGAAGGACCCCAUGUCGAUUUCAAGAAUCCAAUUAAUCCGAUAGACCAUAAUGGUAGUUAUGGCGUAGCACCGGCUCCUUUGAAAUUUUACAACGCGGAGGUACAUUCGGCUUCAUUUUGCUUGCCAUCUUUUCUAAGGAAAGUGAAUAUAUAA